AUGGCCUCUCAUCUUCUUUUCCUUGCGCUUAUCAUGAUAUCUUGUUCUAUUGUCCUUGCAUCUGACAGUAGCCCUCUUCAAGAUUUUUGUGUUGCCGACUCAAAUGGCCCAGUGCAAGUGAACGGUUUGGCUUGCAAAGAUCCAAAGCUUGUACAGGCGACUGAUUUCUUCUUCAGUGGACUAAACAUGAUUGGAAACACCUCGAAUGCAGUCGGAUCACGUGUGACUCCAGUGACUGUUGCACAAAUACCAGGUCUCAACACUCUUGGUAUCUCAAUGGCUCGUGUAGACUUUGCUCUUUGGGGCAUUAAUCCUCCACAUACGCAUCCUCGUGCCACCGAAAUUUUCACAGUCCUUGAAGGCACCAUCCAAGUCGGGUUCAUCACAUCCAACCCUGAAAACCGUUUAUUCAGUAAAGUACUUCAAACGGGUGAUGUUUUUGUUUUUCCAGAAGGUCUUGUUCACUUUCAGAGGAAUGUUGGAAAUUGCAAUGCUGUUGCCAUUGUCGGAUUAAGCAGCCAAAACCCAGGUGUUAUUACAGUUGCAAAUGCUGUCUUUGGAGCAAAACCUGAUAUCCCUGAUGAUCUGUUGGCAAAGGCAUUCCAAGUGGAGGUGAAAGUUGUGGAUCAAAUUCAGUCGAAAUUCUAG